AUGGCUAACAACUUAUUUUUCCUCAAACUAUCAAACAAUUGCUUGCGUGGUCGAAUACCUGCCAAUUUCUUCAAUUUGUCCAGUGUGCAAUGGUUAUAUUUGGACAACAACUCCUUUAUUGGAAAGAUACCAGAUGGUUUGUCUAAUGCCUCCUGGUUGGAGGCUGUGAAUAUUAGAAAUAACUAUUCGUCUGGCGUGCUUCCACAAUGGAUAGGGAAUAUGUCAUCGUUGUUGGAAAUAAGCUUAGCCAAAAAUCAGCUUCAAGGUCCCAUUCCAGUUGAGUUGUGCAAACUUGACAAGCUUCAAUUUUUAGAUCUUUCUGAAAAUAGCUUGUCAGGCUCUCUACCAGCUUGUUUUAACCCUCCAAACAUUACUCAUAAUAGUCUUUCUAGUUCUAUUCCUCGUUGCCUGGCAAACAUGACUUUUGGGUCAAACCAUGCCAAAUAUUUUGUUAAGCAGGCCUUUUCUUAUCCUAGGCCUCUUGCUUUGGAAUUAGAUGUUUCUAACAAUUGCAUAAAUGGUCAAAUUCCUAUAAAUUUAAAUGUGAUCUUUCCAAGCUUAGAGAGUUUGAACUUGUCCAAUAAUAUGUUUGAAGGUCAUAUUCCUCCCUCUUUUGGUGAUAGUAGGUCUUUAAAUGUCUUAGACUUAUCCAACAAUAACUUGUCUGGAGGAAUACCAGAACAUUUGGCCAUGGCUAACAACUUAUUUUUCCUCAAACUAUCAAACAAUUGCUUGCGUGGUCGAAUACCUGCCAAUUUCUUCAAUUUGUCCAGUGUGCAAUGGUUAUAUUUGGACAACAACUCCUUUAUUGGAAAGAUACCAGAUGGUUUGUCUAAUGCCUCCUGGUUGGAGGCUGUGAAUAUUAGAAAUAACUAUUCGUCUGGCGUGCUUCCACAAUGGAUAGGGAAUAUGUCAUCGUUGUUGGAAAUAAGCUUAGCCAAAAAUCAGCUUCAAGGUCCCAUUCCAGUUGAGUUGUGCAAACUUGACAAGCUUCAAUUUUUAGAUCUUUCUGAAAAUAGCUUGUCAGGCUCUCUACCAGCUUGUUUUAACCCUCCAAACAUUACUCAUAAUAGUCUUUCUAGUUCUAUUCCUCGUUGCCUGGCAAACAUGACUUUUGGGUCAAACCAUGCCAAAUAUUUUGUUAAGCAGCAAUACCACAUACCCCAUUACCAAACAGCUCCCCAGAGCUUUAAGUAUUCAUUAGAUCCUAAUCCAAUAACCCUGUGGAGUGUCAAAGAAAAGGUGGAGUUUACUACUAAGAGUAUAUCCUAUUCCUAUGAGGGCGGUAUCCUCGAUUUGAUGUCAGGAAUUGAUUUUUCUUGCAACCAAUUAAUAGGUGAAAUACCACCACAAAUUGGGAACAUAAAUCAGCUCCACAUGUUAAAUCUAUCCCACAACAUUCUCACUGGAUCAAUUCCAGCAACAUUUUCCAACCUAAGAUAUAUUGAGAGUUUAGAUCUUUCCUAUAACCACUUGAACAGAAGUAUCCCCUCCAAAUUUACUGAGUUGAACUCCUUGGAGGUCUUCAGUGUAGCGCAUAACAACUUAUCUGGUAAAAUUCCAGAUUUCAAAGCUCAGUUUGCUACAUUUGACGAGAGCAGUUACAAGGGAAAUCCUUACCUUUGUGGACCUCCAUCACAUAACAAUUGCACCGAUAUCCAAGAACCAUUGUCAAUUCAAAAGGAUUCAAAGGAUGAGCAAAAUGGUGGUGGUUUCAUUGACAUGGAUGUUUUUCAUGUGAGUUAUUUUGUGUCUUAUAUAAUGGUGUUGUUAGGAACAUUAGCAGUUCUUUAUGUGAACCCUGACUGGGAAAGGGCAUGGCUUCAUUUCAUUGCAGUCUUCAGUGUAGCGCAUAACAACUUAUCUGGUAAAAUUCCAGAUUUCAAAGCUCAGUUUGCUACAUUUGACGAGAGCAGUUACAAGGGAAAUCCUUACCUUUGUGGACCUCCAUCACAUAACAAUUGCACCGAUAUCCAAGAACCAUUGUCAAUUCAAAAGGAUUCAAAGGAUGAGCAAAAUGGUGGUGGUUUCAUUGACAUGGAUGUUUUUCAUGUGAGUUAUUUUGUGUCUUAUAUAAUGGUGUUGUUAGGAACAUUAGCAGUUCUUUAUGUGAACCCUGACUGGGAAAGGGCAUGGCUUCAUUUCAUUGCAGUAUGGAUGACCUCUUGUUACUAUUUUGUUAUCGAUAGUUUUCGUAAGCUGCUUAAUGUGUAA